AUUUGAAUUUCGCCAUGUUGCGCUCGUCACUUCAACGAACUGCCGUGUCCAUCGCUGGGAAGGCGGCGUUUCCCCGCAACUUGCACCAUGCCACGUUUCGCGCGCUAUCAUCCAUGAACGCACAGCCCCUGACGUCCUCUGUUGCGUCUCGACGCAUGCCGACUUUGAUGGUGCGGGCAUUUUCGACGGCCGAUUCGACUCCAGUUGACCGCCAUGAGUUCCAAGCCGAGACUCGUCAAUUGCUCGACAUUGUCACGCACUCGAUCUACACGGACAAGGAAGUGUUUGUCCGCGAAUUGAUCUCGAACGCGUCCGACGCGUUGGAAAAAUUUCGACACCACCAGGCUGUUGGCGCGACGUUGUUGACACCGGAAAUUGAACCGAAGAUUGUCAUCACGACCGACGUUGCGGCCAACACGUUGACGAUUGAAGACACGGGUGUCGGUAUGUCCAAGGAAGAGCUUGUGCAAAAUCUCGGCACGAUUGCGCGCUCGGGGUCGAAGGCGUUCUUGGAGCAAUUGAAGAAAGAGGCUCCCACGGAAACGACGGCGGCCGCGACGGGCAUCAUCGGGAAGUUCGGUGUCGGGUUUUACUCUGCUUUCAUGGUUGCCGACAAGGUCGAAGUGUAUUCAGCGUCGGCGCUUGGUGACGGUUCGGGCCAUGUUUGGACAUCUGACGGUUCUGGGUCGUUUGAAGUUCGAGCUGUCAACAACGCCGGCCGCGGUUCCAAGAUCGUCAUGCACAUGAAGGAAUCGUGCAAGGACUUUGCCAAGCCGGAACGUGUGGAGUCCAUUAUCAAGAAGUACUCCAACUUUGUCGCGUUCCCGAUUUUGUUGAACGGGACAGAGGUGAACGUCGUCCAAGCGUUGUGGACCAAGGACUCGAAGGACGUGACGGACGAGCAGUACACGGAGUUUUAUAAGUUUAUCGCGAACGCGUUCGACGAUCCCCUCUACCGCCUCCACUUCAAGGCCGACGCGCCGUUGGAGCUCAAGACGUUGUUCUUUAUUGGGUCGACCCACACUGAGAAGUUUGGCUACGCUCGCCUUGAACCCGGGGUCAGUUUGUACUCGCGCAAGGUCCUGAUUGAGCGUCACUCGCCCGACAUCUUGCCGGACUGGAUGCGCUUUGUCCGCGGGGUCGUCGACAGCGAAGACCUGCCGCUGAGCUUGAGCCGUGAAAAGAUGCAAGACUCUCGUCUUCUUGCCAAAAUGAAGGACGUGCUCACGCGCCGCAUCCUGAAGUUCCUCGAUGAACAAGCGCGCAAGGAACCGGAAAAAUUCGACAAAUUCUUUGCCGAGUUUGGCCAAUUUAUCAAGGAAGGCGUGUGUAUGGACUUUCAGAACAAGGCUGGUUUGAGCAAGUUGCUGCGCUAUGAAUCGUCGGCGCUGGACGCAGGCAAGACCACGUCGUUGGACGAAUAUGUGUCGCGGUCCUCUCCUGAUCAGAACGAAAUUUAUUACCUCUGCGCUCCUUCGCGCGAACUGGCGCUCCAAUCGCCCUACUACGAAGCGUUCAAGAAGACCAAGAAGGAAGUGCUGCUCGUGUACCAUUCCAUGGACGACUUUGUCAUGAACAGCGUCGGCGAAUUCAACUCGCGCAAGGUCGUGUCGGCUGAAGCCGCCAAGUUGGACGUCCAAGAGGACUCGGAACACGGCGAGAAACUCAGCGACGAAGACGCCAACCUGCUCACGGCGUGGCUUGGGCUCAAGCUCGAAUCCAGCGUUACCAAGGUCGAAAUCACCAACCGCUUGCACGACUCGCCCGCAGUCGUGACGGAUCACGAAUCUGCUUCCGUUCGUCGCAUGAUGCAAAUGGUCAACCAGACCCAAGGCGGCAGUGCCGUCAUGCCUGCCUCCAAGCACGUGCUGCAAAUCAACCCCCGCCACCCGAUCGUGGUCAAAUUGAACCAGUUGCGCACGACCAACGAAGAGUUGGCGGCGAAAGUUGCGGCCCAAGUCCACACAAACGCGUGCUUGUCAGCCGGGCUCGUUGAAGACGGUCGUGUCAUGAUCGGAGACCUCAACUACCUCUUGGAGGAACUCUUGACCCACAGCCUCAAGAAUUAGACUUCCAUGCUUCUAGAAUCGCAAUUCUCCGUCCCCA